AUGGCGGAUACUUCGGAGACGCAGGAAACGCUGGUCCAGGAUCACGAAGAUGCGUCAAAGGGCGACGGCAAGGGUUCACCGAAAAAGGAUCUAUUUCACGCCGGGUUGGACCGUUUUCCUACGACCGAUGGCGAUUCGUACCCGGUGGCGGGACACGUUGGCCCACGGCGAGGACGAUGCAAAUGGUUCAACGUGGUCAAAGGCUGGGGCUUUAUCACACCGGACGACGGCGGCCAGGAGGUGUUCGUCCAUCAGAGUGUCAUCCAGAUGGGUGGCUUUCGGUCGCUGGGUGAAAAUGAGGAGGUCGAGUUCGAGUCCAAAGUGACGUCGAAAGGAUACGAGGCGACCAGCGUUUAUGGACCAUCGCGGGCCGAAUGCAAAGGGAGCGACUUCCGGCCGUACAGUAAAAAGCGAAAGUUUCGCAAAGUGAGAUGCUACAAUUGCGGUGAAUUUGCAAACCAUAUUGCCUCCAAGUGUGCGCUAGGACCGCUGCCCAAGCGAUGUCAUCACUGCCGAAGUGAGGACCAUCUGAUUGCCGACUGCCCAACGAAGCCACCGCCGCAGGAUAAAACAUCGCUCGAAGCGCAACCGGAAACCGACAGAGGGCACAACCGAUGA